GUUAUUGUUUUAUUACUGUUAGUAUUAUUUUAUUACUAUUAUUUUUAAUAUCGAAUUUUUAUCGGUGUUUGUUAUUGUUUAUUAUCAUUAGAAUUAUAUUAUGACUAAUGUAAUAGUGUGAUUGCAUAUUUAUAAAGUUGUUUGAAUUAAUUUAUCAUCAAAAGGAAACGACGUUUCAUUGUGUUUACUAUAGUUUCACAAUGGCCAUAUUAAUUCUAAUUAAUUGUUAAUAUUGCUCAUAUAAAAAUAUUAAAAAAUGGAGAAAUCAGAUCAGAAGAAUACAAAAAAUAAUAUGACAGAAAUUCCAAAAUAUGGAUUUAAAGUGAAAUUAAAUCAUAAAUUUCCUGAGAAAUGGUCUCAAGCUGUAAAACCAAGAAUUAAACAAAUUCCACAAUUUAUAUCAUUAGGAUGGAGAUAUAUGAUGUAUUAUCGUCAAAUAAAGAGGAAAGGUCGUGUACCUAUGAUGGAUUAUAUUAAUACAAAAACAGGUUUACAAAUGUAUGGUGCACCAAUCGGUGGAAUUGGAGGUGGUACAAUUGGUCGCGGUUUCAAAGGCGAAUUUUGUCGAUAUGCACUCCAGCCAGGAAUGUAUAAAUAUAACACGAUUCUUGCUAAUCAAUUUAUUGUCACCAUUAGUGAUACCGAUGGAAAUGUUGUUUAUAAUCAGGUUCUAUCUACACACAAGCCUUGUAAGCAUUUAAAGCAGUGGAAAUGGGAAUUUAAAGGUGAAAAUGCAACAUAUACGGCGUUAUAUCCUCGUUCAUGGACCGAGUACAAUAUUGAGGAUCCAGCAGUAAAAUUAGUUUGUCGUCAAAUUUCGCCAGUGAUUCCUCAUAAUUAUUAUGAUAGUUCUUUGCCUUGUGCUGUUUUUAUAUGGAGCGUUGAGAAUAAUUCUUCGCAAGAUUUGAAUGUCAGUAUAACAUUUACUUUUCAAAGUGGAACAGGUGACGUGAAGGAUAAUCGAGGAGACAAAUGGAGCGAGCGUUUUGAGAUUGCUGAUAUUGAUGAUGAUAUUUAUGGUGUGAUGAUCCAUCAACAAAUUCGAGGAAUGCCGUGUACAUAUGGAAUCGGUUCGAGGUCAAAAAAAGGUGUAAAUGUAACUAGAAAAUUAGCUUUCGAUCCUCAAGGUAAUGGCGCAAGUGUAUGGGAUGAUCUUGAGGAGGAAGGUUCUCUAAAAGAAGAUGCGACGUCGACUUCACCAAAGACAAAGCAGGCAAUUGGCGCUGCAGUUUGUAGUCGUAUUUUCGUGAAAUCCAACGAUAAAAGUGAAAUUGAAUUCAGUCUUGUUUGGGACAUGCCAAAAAUUAAUUUCCAUUGUAAAAUGCGAGAAUAUUUAAGAUAUUACACGAAGUUCUUUUACGAGCCGGAUAGAUCGUCAGCACCGGAAAUUGCUCGCUAUGCACUAUCGCAUUAUAAAUUAUGGGAAAGGGAUAUUUAUCGUUGGCAACAAAGUAUUUUAGAAGAUGUUAAUUUACCCGAUUGGUAUAAAUCAGCUUUAUUUAAUGAAUUAUACUAUAUUUCGGAUGGAGGGACAAUUUGGUUGAGAACUGAUGAGAGCGAUAAUUUUGAGCCAACAGAUCCACGAAUUGAAUAUGGUCGAUUCGCUUAUCUUGAGGGUCACGAAUAUAGAAUGUACAAUACUUAUGAUGUGCAUUUUUAUGCUGCAUUUGCUUUGGCUCAACUGUGGCCUAAUCUACAAGCGUGUAUUCAAUAUGAAUGUAGGGAUAAUGUUCAUAUGGAGGAUCCUACAGUUUGGAAUACAUUAUACGAUGGAAUAAGACAACCGAGAAAAAGAAAAGAUACGGUUCCUCAUGAUAUGGGCGAUCCUGAUGAGGAACCGUUUAAAUUACUUAAUGCUUACAAUAUUCACGAUGUGUCAGAUUGGAAAGAUUUGAAUCCAAAAUUUGUUUUAACCUGCUUUCGAGAUUACAGUUUGAGUAAAAAUUUCCAACAACUUGUGGACUUUUGGCCGACAAUUAGAAAUGUUGUUAAUCAUUGUUUAUUAUGGGAUACGGAUAAUGAUGGAUUAAUUGAAAACGGUGGUUUUCCUGAUCAAACUUUUGACACUUGGGUGAUGAAAGGUCCUAGUGCUUAUUGCGGAAGUUUAUGGCUCGCUUCGCUUUAUUGCGCCUCGAAAAUGGCCAUUCUUUUGGGGGAAGAUGAUGAUGCGAAAAGGUAUCAGGAAAUAUUAGAGAAGGGAAAAGCAUCUUUUCACGAGAAACUCUGGAAUGGUGAAUAUUACAAUUUUGAUAGUGGUAAAUCAGAACACAAAAUGUGUAUAAUGAGUGAUCAACUUUGUGGACAAUGGUUUUUGCGAGCAUCUGGUUUUAAGCAUGAGGUUUUUCCUGAGGAUAAGGUGAAAUCUUCAUUGGAAACGAUUUUUAAUAAUAAUGUUAUGAAGUAUAAAAAUGGAGAGCAAGGAGCAGUAAAUGGAUAUGUUCCUUCGUUAGGAAUUGAUAUGGUGACGCCGCAGAGUGAGGAAAUGUGGACAGGUGUUACUUACGGUCUAGCAGCUUUAAUGAUUCACGAAGGAAUGAUUAGGGAGGGAUUUAAAACAGCGGAAGGUGUUUAUCGAACUGUUUAUGAGAAAAUUGGAAUGGGUUUCGAAACACCGGAGGCACUUUACGAGAAUAAAUUUUAUAGAGCAAUAGGUUAUAUGAGACCUUUGUCAAUUUGGGCAAUUCAUCUUGCCUGGACUUCGAGGAAAAGAAAGUGAUAAUUUGUUGCCUUUGUCUAAAAAAGUAUACAUAAUAAGAGUAGAUGGACAGGUAACGUUUUUUAACACUUGCGUAAAUGUUGUACAAUAUUAAUGUCUGUUCGUUAACAAUUUUAGUUUCAAUUUCAGUGUUCAAGUUGAAUUUCUUCAAAUAUGUUCCAUUUUUAUACAAUAUAUUUACAACUGUGAUUUUUUAAUCAACUUUUCUCAAUAAAUAGUAGGAUACAUUAAUCCGAUAUGCCAUUUAAAAAAAAUGUUUUAUAUGGAAUCUUUUAAAAAUAUUUUUAAAACAUUUUUUAAAAAAUUUUUUAAAAAUAUUUUUAAAAUCUUUUAAAAAUUAGGUUUUAAUUUUCUUGCUACUUAAUAAAUACUGAUUUUAUGAAAAUUCGUGAGAUUUAAUUCUAUCUCAUUGUUCUUUCUCUAACGAACAAAAGAAAAUAAUCGGUAAGCAUUAAUGUAUCCUAUUAUUUUUUUUCUAAUUAAAAAUAAAGUGGUUUGAAUUUUUUUCUACCACUGAUAGGCAGUCAGGAAAGAAACUUAAUUCUCAAGAAAUAGACAAUAAAAUUGGACUAAAGGCAUCGAAAUGUUGUUACUGUUUUUAACAAUUGAAACUAUAAUUUUUACAAUUUUAUAAGUUGUUAGAUUUUUUACUAUAUAUUUCACCUUCUUUUGUAAUUUUUACAUUUUUACUGUCUGUUUCUUAUUGUAUAGUAACGUUGCUAAUGUUCAAGUUUAUAAUCAAUGAUUUAGAAGAAAAAAUAUUUUUUCCUGGUACAUAAAAUUUUCAUAAAUUUUAUUUUAAACUGUUUUGUAUACUUUUUAGAAAAAUCACUUA